AUGUCUAGCAACGACUACUACGGUGGCCAGGGUCAUGGCUAUGAUGGUGCACACCAACAACAGCAGCAAGGCUACGGCGGCUACAGCCAACAACAGCAGCACCCUCCUGCGCCGGCGUAUGGUCAGCCCCAGCACGAGCAGUAUGGUCAGAGCCAUAGCCCUUACCCCCAGCAACAGGGCCACUACCCACCACCAGCGCAGGACCAGUACGGCCAGGCUCCUCAGCAGCACGGCUACGGCGCUCCGCAAGGCCAGCACGAUCAGGGCCACGACGCGAGCCGCGGCCACUCCCCCUACCCGCCACCUGCGCAGCACCAGCAGUACCACGACCCUAACCAGCAUUAUGGCCAACAGCAAUACGGACAGCAGCAGCACGGCUACGGCGACCAGCCACACCAACCGCAAGGCUACAACCAGCAGCACGGCCAGUAUGCUCAGCCUGGCGCACCGGGCGCACCGGGUGGCCCUGCAGACGGCGAGCGAGGUCUCGGAUCUACACUGAUGGGAGGUGCAGGUGGCGCCUUCCUAGGCAACAAGAUGGGCGGCGGGGCGCUAGGCACGAUUGGCGGACUGAUCGCAGGAGCCGUCGGCGCCAAUGUGCUGAGCGACAAGGUCGAAGACAAGAAAAAGCACAAGAAACACAAGAAGCACAGCAGCCAUGGCUCCCACCACAGCUCGUCGCAUGGUGGGUCUUCCGCUGGCAUCGGCGGUUUGUACGCUGGCAGCGCGCAUGGCCAUGGUCACAAGAAGCACAAGCAUAGGAGCCACAGCCGGGGAGGUAGCAGCUCGUCUAGUAGCGACUCAGACUGA